UAUGGCUACAACAUCUCCGUCGGCGACAAUGUCAUAAUUGGAUCUAAAUCAAAACUACUUGAUUCAGCCAAGAUUACCAUCGGAAGCAACACCAGGAUCGGCGCAUGUGUUACCAUCACAACUUUGAAAUCACCAACUGAUUUGAAAGCAUUGAAAAAGAGCUACGGUCUUGAACUUGCUAAAGAUACCUACAUCGGCAAGAAAGUCUAUAUUGGUGAUUGCUGCGUCAUAGGAGCCGGAGUGCGAGUUGGUGAUGGUGUCAUUGUUCGUUCCGGGUCUGUCGUCAUUCAUGACAUACCAUCAGACUACAUCGCCUAUGGUAAUCCAGCCAACAUAUACAAGGCUAAUUAG